UUCAUUACCCCGCCCUCUGUUCGUUCUUCAAUGCCAGCCGAACCAAACCCCACUCCAGUUCCACUGCUCCAGAGUCCAGCUCCCCAAAUUCUGAAAUGUCCUCUGCCCACAGCCACCAUCAACACCGACAGCUGUUCUCCGAAUCCGUCACCACCACUCUGCAGAUCUCACAAACUCAAUUUUCAAAUACUAUCAUGUCUCAUUUCUCUCGAAGCAUCAAACCAACCGAUCCAACCUGGUCUUCCACUUCUCUAUGCUGCGCCGUUUUCGACCUUAUCUGGUAUCGAAUCCUGGACCCGCCAAUCCUCCGAUCUCUCCGCUCUUCGAGCCUCCACGCGCCUCCCUGCCUCCCCCGAUAAAGCCGCUGAAUCAUCCACCUGCAUCUGCCCUAAAUGCCGCUCUGAAUAUUCCAUAUCUCAAAUUCCAAGAAGUUACCUCUGUUUCUGUGGCAAAGUGGAAAAUCCACCACAUGAUAAUCCCCGGAUUUUAACUCACUCUUGCUGCGAAAUCUGUUACCGACCGUUGAAGAAUAACUGUGGUUAUUUCUGUUUGUUGCUAUGCCAUCCCGUUCCUUCCCAUCUUGCCCGAAACUUGUCAAAACGACAUGUUUUUGUGGCAAAACGAUGGUUGUUAAGCUGCAGUUACAAAUUAUUUUCCUGUAACAAUGUCUGUAAUAAAUCAUUAGAUUGUGGGAUUCAUAAUUGUAAGAAAAUCUGCCAUGAUGGAACUUGCCUGCUGUGUAAUGGCCGCGGGGUUUAUAAAUGUUUAUGCGGAAGGAAAGUCGAGGAGAGGGGAGUGUUGUGA